AUGGAACUACUGAAGCCGCUUACAAGUGCAUGGUCUUGGUUUCAAGAGGUUCCUACAUGGCAAAGGCCAGCAACCACCAUCAUCGUGCUUGCUACGUCUCUACUAGUUGUCUAUAAGUACACGAGGAUCGGAGACAAGCAUGACAAAAUAGUUAUUUGCAGGGGCACUGGCCAAACAACAAUGGAAAGCAUUGUUUCGGCGCAACAAGGACUAAAAACUCUGCAAGAAAUGGUGCAGUCGGCAAACAUUACAAUUUUGAAAAUCCGAUCCAUAAUGGUCUAUAGGGCCCCCAAGGAACUACUGAAGCCGCUUACAAGUGCAUGGUCUUGGUUUCAAGAGGUUCCUACAUGGCAAAGGCCAGCAACCACCAUCAUCGUGCUUGCUACGUCUCUACUAGUUGUCUAUAAGGAGUGGAUUGGCAACGCAAUAGCAGCUUUCCUUCUGUUUAUGGUUGCUAAAAUGCUUUGGGCAAGGUACACGAGGAUCGGAGACAAGCAUGACAAAAUAGUUAUUUGCAGGGGCACUGGCCAAACAACAAUGGAAAGCAUUGUUUCGGCGCAACAAGGACUAAAAACUCUGCAAGAAAUGGUGCAGUCGGCAAACAUUACAAUUUUGAAAAUCCGAUCCAUAAUGGUCUAUAGGGCCCCCAAGCAUGCCAAAAUGGUGAUGAUGGCUAUGACCGGAUUAGCGAUCAUACUAGCCAUGUUGCCAUUCAAAUACAUCCUUGUGGCCCUCAUCUUGUAUUCUUUUACAAUGACAUUAAAGGUCGGGAAGCGUAUGGAAUCAGAACAGGGGAACCGACGAUCAAAGGAAUGGUGGGACUCGAUUCCGGUCAUUCCUGUUGAAAUUGUGGUCAAUUAUAAUCCGGUCUCCAAGUAG